AUGGCGACUUUAUGUGAAAUUAAUCGAAACGGUUUCGAUCUAAGUGAUAAAUCACUUGCCAAAUACUUCAAAAAAACCUUGAAAAAAGUAAGGUCAGGUGGUAAGGAUGAACCAACAGGCCGGGAUCCUCGGUUCAGUACAACAGCUCAUGAGGACACAGCCGGAAAAUCUGCCCUAGCUCCAGCCGCUUGGAGAGAUAUUCCCACCCGUACAGAUAAUCACGUAGCUUACAUAGCUAAGUUAAGUGACGUCAACUUGGAUCAAUUUACUGGCCUGCACUUGGCUGCGUUGAAUGGCAAUUUAGAAGAGGUGCAGCGGAUCCUUAAUGAUGGAGCUCCUGUGGACGUCACAUCUACCCAAGGCCAUACUGCCUUACAUCUUUCUGUUUUGAUGGGCCAUCCCCACAUCGCAGAAUUGCUCUUAGAGAGAGGAGCGGACAUAACGAGGGAAAUCAGUGAAGGUGUCAAUGGUUUACACUUAGCUGCGUAUAAAGGGUUCCUGAGCACAUCUCGAUUCCUGGUUAGUAACGGAGCUGAGGUAAAUAAAGAAACCAGCGAAGGAAUCACAGCGCUACAUCUAUCAGCUCUACAACGUCAUCUCGACGUCACAGAUUAUCUCAUCAGUGGGGGAGCUGAAGUAAAUAGAUGCAUUAAUGGUGAUAUAACUGCUCUUCAUGUUGCUGCACUACAAGGAGAUUGUGACAUCAUCGAACGCCUCGUAAAGGGUGGGAGUGAGGUGAACAAAGUAACCACUAAAGGAUCAGCUGCCAUACAUAUUGCUUCUCUAGCAGGGCAUGGCAAUGUCACAGAGUACUUAGUAGAUCAUGGGGCUGAUGUGGAAAAGAGUAAUAAUGACGGAUAUAAUGCUCUCCAUUUAGCUGUACGAGAUGGUCACCGUAAUGUUGUCAGGUCUCUCCUAAAUAAAGAAGCUGAUAUCAAUACCUGUACGCAUAAUGGCGUAAAUUCUCUCCACAUUGCUGUACGAGAAGGCCACCAGGAAAUCGUCGAAUACCUCAUCAGCCGAGGAUCUGAUGUAAAUAAGUGCGACGAUAAAAAAUCGAACGCAUUGCAUAUGGCUGCGCAAAAUGGUCAUCUCGGCAUGAUCAAAUGUAUACUGAGCAAUGGGGCUGACAUAAAUAGUUACAAUAGAGCUGGAUGGACAGCCUUGCAUCUUGCAUCAAAGGCUGGACAUCACAGUGCCGCAGCGUAUCUAAUUAAUCAAGGAGCUCGUGUGAAUAAGGUCGCUCAUAACAAAGUAACACCUCUGCACAUAGCUGCCCAGGAGGGUCACUUGAACGUAUCAAAACAACUCGUUAGCCAGGGAGCUAAAAUAGAAAGAGGUACUAGAGAUGGAUUGACUGCCUUGCAUCUUGCUUCAACAGAAGGUCACUUCGCAGUUACCGAGUAUCUUCUUGGUCAAGGUGCAAAGGUCAAUGAAAGUACUACGGGUGGAAUCAACUCGUUGCAUUCUGCGUGCAGAAACGGUCACACUAAGAUUGUAACAUCUCUGAUAAGUAAAGAUGCUGACAUAACAAAAGGAGACGAGUUUGGAAGGACACCAUUACAUUUUGCUGUGCAGGGUGGUCACCUGGAUACCAUCAGAUAUCUGGUUCGCAAGGGAGCUGAUAUCCAUCUAGAGACCAAUGACAGAGUAACUGUUUUACAUAUUGCUUCUGCAAAUGGAUAUGUUAACGUCAUAGAAUAUCUUAUUGGACGAGAUGCUAAGGUAAAUCAAGUAACGAAGAACGGAUUGAGCCCUUUGCAUCUCGCUGUCAUAGGUAACCACUUUGAUGCGAUGAGAUGUCUCCUGGAGCAUGGUGCGGAAGUGGAUAAAGCUAAUACAAAUGGGGCGACUGCCUUUCUUCACACCUGUAACAAAGGUAACAUCGAUGCCAUGAGGUGUCUACGCGAUCACGGAGCAAAUGUGAACAAAGUCAAUCCGGAUGGAGUCUCUGCCUUGUACGUCUCAACACUGAAUGACUAUCCUGACAUAGUAGAAUAUUUGAUUAACGAGGGAGCAAAUGUAAACAGAGUCACACGUGGUGGGGACACUGCCUUGCAUGUAUCAUCCUUCUACUGCAAUCUCAGAAUUACAGAGUUAUUGCUUAGUCAUGGAGCUAAUGUGAACCACGAAAGUUCUGCAAAAAAAGCAACCUCUCUGCAUUUAGCCGCUGCUACGCAUGUCCUCGAUAUCGUUAAAUGCCUUGUCAACCACCAAGCUCAGGUAAAUACAAAAAUGGAGGGUGGAAUCACUGCUUUACACACUGCAUGUAUGUUUGGAGAUUCUUCUAUGACAGAGUUUUUGAUUUCAUCUGGAGCCGAUGUAAAUCUGCGCACCAACCAAGGGCUAAGCUCUUUACACCUUGCCGUCCAGGCAAAGCCAUCUGAGAGCACUUCUCAAAGUGCAACAGCAUCUAAUCGACUUGAUGUUACGAAAAUUCUCUUGAGUCAUGGAGCCGACAUCAAUGAGAAUUGUUCCGUCUUUUGGACAUCGAAUUAUUCACCGGCUUUCCCAAUUCUUCAUCAAUUUGAAGAAGCCAUCUGGAAUGAGGAUGUUGAUUUAAAGAAGAUUGCCGAGUCCAUCAUGUCUAAUACGGGAACUCCAUUACAUGCUGCUUCAGGUCUUGGUCAUGUAGAUGUCCUGGAAUAUCUUCUCGAUAAAGGAGCUAAAAUGAACGAGAAAGACAGCUUUGGGAUGACAGCCUUGCACGUGGCUAGUUGUGCAGGUCAUCUUGAUUCCAUCAAUCUCCUGCUUAGAAACGGAGCUGAUGUAGAAAGUAAAACUAAAGGUAUCACUGCGCUCCAUCUCGCAGCGCUGACCGGCCAUGCUGACAUCGCACAAUCUUUAAUGAUCGGAGGGGCUGAGUUGAAUAAGAAGAAUACAUUUGGACUGGCUGCUCUGCAUCUCGCGUGUUUGAAAGGUCAUGCUGACGUCGCGGAGUACCUUCUUAGCCUGGAGGCGGAAAUGAACGAAGAAGGCAUCAUUGGUACUCCGUUGCACUCGGCCGCAAGGGAGGGUCAUUUGGACGUUACAAAGUGUUUGGUACGUCAUGGGGCUGAUCUGAAUAGGAGCAUGAAAACCGGGGCAACUGCACUGCACAUUGCUUCUGAGAAAGGCCAUGCUGAUAUCGUAGAAUGCCUUCUUAGCCAGAGAGGACCAGUCCACAUCGCAUCAACUUAUGGGGAAACGGCAGUACUUCAGAGUAUACUCAGAACUGUUAUCUCCUCAAAGGAUACUUUCCUUAAUCAACGUGACAAUGAUGGUUUGACGGCUCUUCACCUUGCCACACGCAAUGGGCAGUCUGCCGUCGUUGAGCUGUUGGUGCUGCAUGAUGCCGACCUGAACACGCAGUCAAAUCUCGAUCGGACAUGUCUACAUGAGGCCAUGAUGUUGAAAGAAGCUUCUCUUACCGAAACUCUACGGGUGGUGGACGUUGAGUUUCAUAUUCACCUAGAUAGACAUCGCAUUGAAGGCAGAAUGUUAACGGGAGAUCUCAGUCAAAAACUCGAAAUCACUGUGCAAGAAAUAACCGACAGACCAGCUGCCCUCGUUCUAGAGGACGACGAGGCAGUAAUUGCAUCUGGGCUUGAAGUAACCACCCAUGGUCACAAUUUCAGCUCUCCGGUAAAAGUUACCAUGAAACACUGUGCUGCAUUCAAAACCCCGGGAGAUGCUCAGAUAGUUCUGUACAGUCGAAGCAACGACUCGUUAGGUUUCUCAGCAACCAACCUUUCAUCUCUAGGGACUCCACGAUGUGAUGUUCGGGAAGCCGAUCUUGAUCUCUACCUGGACCAUUUCUGCGAGUUGUGGACAACGUCGAAGGCAGGAGAUAAUUUCUUCGGAAAACGGCUCAUUUGCACUCCGUUUAUCCCGCGUUCGGUUAAAAGGAACGACGAUGGGGUCGUCCUCAUUGAGCUUAAGGAUGCAGUGAAAUUAGAAGAGGAUGACAUCUUGAACACACACAAAAAAGCGUUUGCCGGAGAGCAGUACAUCGUAAAAUGGGAAGCUGGAGAUCUCACUGUCAACUAUGCUGUGGAUGAUGAUGAGACAUUGGAGGAAACCAAGGAACUAAAGGUAGAUGCAUUUCGUCACAUUACUAACAACCGUAUGCCAUUUAAACUGAAGGGACGUGAGACCAAAGCUAUCGUCACGUUUAAGUUGAAGCAAUGGAUUUCGAAAGACAUCAUGUUUCCCAUUACGUUUGAAGGCGACAGACUGCGAUUCCACAAAUAUGGGAACCCGAGGGUCACGGGUCACGUGACCAGCUGGGAAGACGGUGCUCUACCCAGCAGGCCCAGUUUCCUGGGCCAUUGGUUCCCUACACAAGAUCUGGUAAUCGCAGCCUGUCCCCACCGUCGGUUCAUGGCGCUCUUGGCCAUUCCUCUCCUUGAGGCAUACUGGAAAUGA